AUGCGCCGCACCCCAUGUCGAACGUUUGCCGCCAAUGUCUCCUCCCAUCGAUCCAAACUGGUAGCCCCGCCGCUCCCUUUCGCCGGCGCAUCGCGAUCAUGUUUUGCCACAGCCCACGCAGCGACCGAACGAGGCAGUGAGGCCAAAGUGACCAGUCUCAAUGUCCCCUCAAAGGCGCGCUUCAACCCCAUUGGUGUACAACAACUCUCCAGCAAAAUUCACUCCCAGGUCUUCCCUGGUGUCAGCACCACUGCUCCGCCAGAGCUCAUCUCACUCUCAAAAGACCAUCUCACUCGACAUGAAUUGCUGGGCAAGAACACCGACUCGACCCCGCCCGUGGGCUUUGACCUGCCCGACCUCCAGGGCACCACGCUCGACGAGCAUUUCUACAAGCUGGGAAUGGAUGCGGCCGAACCAUAUCUGAGUAUGGCGAAGAAAUGGGCGUGGGCGAAUCCCCCACCAAAACCACGCAAGUGGGUCACAAGGAGCGGCUGGACCAAAUACAACGCCGACGGAACGACAGAGGCCGUAGAAGUGCCAGACGAGACUAUGCUGACCUUUGACACCGAGGUCAUGUGGAAGCAGACUUCGUUUGCGUGCAUGGCUUGCGCAGUGAGCCCUACGGCCUGGUACGUCUGGCUAUCGCCAUGGCUGCUGGGCGAGUCCAAGUCGGAUCGCCACCUCAUUCCUUUGGGAGACAUUUCGACGCCUCGGAUCAUUGUGGGACACAACAUUGGGUACGAUAGAGCUCGGAUAGCAGAGGAAUACAACAUCCAACAAUCCAAAAACGCCUUCAUCGACACCAUGUCACUCCACGUUGCAUCAAAUGGCAUGUGCUCGCGCCAAAGACCGUCUUGGAUGCAGCAUAAGAAGAGUCAGGAAAUGAAAGACAAAAUUGCGACGGCCGUAGAGAAUUCGGAACUAUUGCCCAUUCCUAACCAGGGGCCUGUACUUGACGAUGAGGAAGAGUUGUGGAUUAGCAGGAGCGCCGUCAACUCGUUGCGCGAAGUCGCAAAGUUUCAUUGCAACAUCACAAUGGACAAGGCACAGAGAGAGUACUUUGGUGAAUUGGAUCGAGCGGGGAUACGGGAGAAGCUCGACGAACUGCUAGACUACUGUGCCGGCGAUGUCGAAACCACACAUCGGGUUUAUCAAAAGGUCUUUCCCAUCUUCAUGGAGACUUGUCCCCACCCAGUCAGCUUUGCUGCCCUCCGCUUCCUCGCCGCCGAGAUAUUACCAGUCAAUGAGACAUGGGAUGCCUACGUGAAGAAUGCCGAAGCGACCUAUCGCAAACUUGAUGAUGCCGUCAAAGAACGGCUUGUUGCACUCACCGACAAGGCCCUGGAGGUCAAGGAACAACCCGAAGUAUACAACAACGAUCCAUGGUUGAGCCAGCUGAACUGGUCAGGCCAGGAAAUUAAAAUGGCCAAAGGCAAGAAGAAGGGAGACCCACCUCGACCAGCAGCACGGCAGAAAAAGCCGGGUAUGCCCAAGUGGUACAAGGACUUGUUUACGAGCAACACUGCGCCGUUGAAUUUGACGGUGCGCACACGCGUAGCGCCCAUCUUGUUGAGGCUGGCAUGGGAUGGAUACCCUCUCGUCUGGUCUGACGUGCACGGUUGGACCUAUCAAGUUCCCAUGGACGAGGUCUUUGCGUACAAUAAAAACGGGCUACAAGAGUUGGACAUGUCAGAAGAGGAAAACCUCAAGCUGCGCGACGACACAGCACAUCGUUACUACAAGAUACCUCACAAGGACGGGCCCCAAGCACGCUGCGCUAACCCCCUUGCCAAGGCCUAUCUGGCCUAUUUUGAAAAGGGCAGGCUAACUUCAGAGUAUGCCUACGCCAAGGAAGCUCUCGAAAUGAAUGCUUCGUGCUCCUACUGGAUCAGUGCGCGUGACCGAAUCACGUCGCAAAUGGUCGUCUACAACGCCGAAGUACCCAAGGCUCCCAAACUCGCUUCUGCAUCGGGCAAAGGACGAGGAAAGAAGGUUGGCUUCAUUCUGCCUCAGAUCAUACCCAUGGGCACCAUCACGCGGCGCUCUGUUGAGAACACUUGGCUCACCGCUAGCAAUGCAAAGAAAAACCGCGUUGGUUCGGAACUGAAGUCCAUGGUGCGCGCACCAGAGGGCUACUGCUUCGUCGGUGCCGAUGUCGACUCUCAGGAACUUUGGAUUGCGAGUCUCAUUGGCGAUGCAACCUUCAAAUUACACGGGGGCAACGCAGUAGGCUUCAUGACCCUCGAGGGCACCAAAGCCGCAGGCACAGAUUUGCAUUCGCGAACAGCCGGUAUCUUGGGCAUAAGUCGUAACGCCGCCAAAGUCUUCAACUAUGGCCGCAUUUAUGGUGCAGGCCUCAAGUUCGCAGCCACGCUGUUACGACAAUUCAAUCCUACACUGACCGAUGAGCAAACCCUCAAAACAGCAAACGAUUUGUAUCAGAAUACCAAGGGUAAGAAGACAGUAAGGAAACAACUACACGAACGACCCUUCUGGCGUGGCGGCACCGAAUCCUUCGUCUUCAACAAACUCGAAGACUUCGCUGAGCAAGAACGACCACGAACCCCCGUCCUCGGCGCCGCCAUCACAGAAGCCCUCCAGCGCCGCUACCUGACCAGGGGCGGUUUCAUGACAUCCCGCAUCAAUUGGGCUAUCCAAUCUAGCGGCGUCGAUUACCUGCACCUCCUCAUCGUGUCCAUGGAUUUCCUCACCCGGCGGUACAACCUCGAUGCCCGCCUCGCCAUUACCGUACACGAUGAAAUUCGGUACUUGGUCGCUGAUAAGGACAAGUACCGUGCUGCCAUGGCCCUGCAAGUCGCCAACCUCUGGACACGCGCAAUGUUCAGCCAACAAAUGGGCAUCAACGAACUCCCUCAAUCGUGCGCCUACUUCAGCGCUGUAGACAUUGACAAAGUGCUCCGCAAAGAGGUAGACAUGGAUUGCAUUACCCCAAGUCACCACACGCCCAUUCCGCACGGCGAAUCCCUCGACAUUCUCUCCCUGCUUGAAAAAGGCAGCGAAGCCCGUCUCGACCCGAGCCUUACGCCCAUGUCCCCACCCACGCCCGAAAAAUACGCGCACCUAUAUAAACCCCGUAUCCCGAUCAUGAGAACCCUAGAAGGCAGCAAUACCACUUCCCCCACCGCACUCGCCUAUCUCAAAGCCCAAAUUUCGUCUGACGACAACGAGUUACGCGACAUUUGUAAGCCGCUACGUGCAACGCCGGUGCGCAAGGGGAAAACGAAUGAAGGGCAGGACAAGGAUGUAGCAGCCGAGCAAGAAGACAUCGAGAAGAGCGUUAGGCAUUACGAACAAAUGGCCAGGCUUCUGCCGACUGAUACGCGAACAUGGACAGAAUAUCAUGAAAAGAUGGGCAACGUGGGCGGUCGUGGUGUGGGUGUCAGUGGUGCCAAUGUAGUGAGACGGAAUGUAGGUAAGAAUUUGGGCGUUUGGGGCAAUUAUCCAGUGCAUGCGAGGAGUACAGGGCAAAAAGCCGUUAGGGUAUGA